AUGCCUGAGACUAUUGUUGUAUUGUUUGAUAAUGGAAUGGCUUCUCAGAAUCAAGACUAUCUCCCAAGUAGGUUUAUGGUGCAAAAGGAAACGGUGGAGUCUCUUAUAUCAAGAAAGUUCGAAGACAACCAGGAAAAUACAGUAGGAAUAAUUCCUCUAGUUCAAGCACAGUCCAAUGAUAUAAUCACGCCAACAAAGCAGAGGUCCUACAUAAAGACCUUCCUCAACGAAAUAAAGCUGGAAAGAAAUGGAGACAUUAUGAGGUGUCUUUCUCAGUCCCUUUAUAUUUUCAACCAGAAGGAUUCUCCAGGAUGCAUGCUAGUGAUUUUUCUUGGCUCUGAACCUCAGGAAACAGAAAAAGAUGAACUGUUUGCAAGGAUAUAUCAACUUCUAACAUUCGGGAUCAUGGUAAAGAUGGUUUUCUUUGGCGAGGCUAUGGAAAUGGCAGAAGCUUACAAAAAGAUCGACUUCACAAAUUUCUCAUGUAUAGUGGUUAAUCCUAACGAGGAGUUUGUCGAUCGGGUCUUGCCGUUUGUAACCGGAGGUGAGCUUCUCGAGGAAGACGACCCGGAAUUGGCAGAGGCCAUCAGGCUGUCCCUUGAGGAACAGAAGAAGCAGCAAAAAUAA